AUGUCACGACAACCCCGCAAUACCAGCACGGCGACGCCUGCCUCAAGCACCCGCAUGAACGAAUACUUUGUCCCCCGAGACGGCAUCGAUCGCGAAGUCAUCUCCGCCGACAUCUGCCGCUACCUGGGCAACGAUGCCCUGGUGCGGCCCGGUCACUACGAGAACCCGCAAAGCGGACAGACUGUCCAGGGCUACUACAUCACUGCCUACCGGAACCUGACAACCGCCAUGAUUGAGGACCUUAAAGCAGACUCUGCGCGUUGGGACAGCGAACGCCGUUCCCAAACAUCGCGCAAUACCCCUGGAGUGCAAUAUCGAUACUCCGAGACGCAUCAGUCGCGUCAGCAUCAUGGACCUACUGAGCACCCUCCCUUCCAGCAGCAGCAGCAGCAGCAGCAGGACCAUUUCAACAGCCGGGAUUCCUUUGAAACUGCCAAAUACCCAGGAUCUGGUGCCCCAGGCUACACUGGUGCCACUGGCCACUUUCCCCAGCAGCAAACGUAUGCCCAAACUACACCCGGUCCCAGCUAUGGCAACUACCAGCAAGGUCCUUCUGGCGCGAAUCCUGAUCCCAGGUAUCCCAGCCCUGCCAACCAGCCCGGCCUGAUGAACCCAGGAUUUCAAGCUCCCCAAGAAGUUCCCUAUGUGAAUACUGGUGCCCACAUGACGCCGCGCUAUCCUCCCAACGAUGGCUUUUCUGGACCUCGCGGGGGCUCCUCCGGACCUGGACCCCAGCAGAGCAUGUAUUCCACGUCUGGCCCUCCCCAGCAGGGCUAUCCCCAGCACUCUGGCGCACCCUACCAGUACUCAAACCAGGGACCUCAUCCAGGAAGCGGCCAGCAGUAUUCUUCCUCUAUUCAGCCACAGGAUCCUUUCUACGGCAGAGCCUCGCCUGCCGGCCCUCCUCCACAGCCUGGUUACGGAGCCCAAGGACAGCAGCAACAACCACAACAGCAACACGACAGGAACUCUGUUGAGAGACACCACCGACCUCCUCCCCCUCGCCGCUAG